AUGUUCCGCGCCGGACAGUUGGACGAUGCAUUGGCAUUGUUUGCGGAGGCACUCACUCUCGAGCCGGACGAGUACACCCUGUAUGACUCUUGUGCGGCGGUCAAGGAGAAACUUGGCAAGACAAGGGAUGCGCUCCGAGACUCGAAGAGAGUCAUCGACCUCGCGCCCCAGCGAUGGCAGGGCUACGCUCGCUCUGCACGCCUGUUCUUCAAAAUCAGAAAGUACGACAACGCUCUCCAUAUGCUUAAACUUGCCCUAGAACGCGUGGGCGCGGAUGACCGCAAGAGGCGUGGGGAACUAGAGGCACUGCGAAGUCAGAUACUUGAUGCGGUCGAUGAGCAGCGCGAGCGUGUCUCGAGGACUUCGUACCACUUUGGGAAGCUUCCCUUGGAGCUUGCAUCGGACAUCUUCGCUUCCGCAUUGGCGGAGGAUCACGCCCGAGUCGUCGUACUUGCGCAGGUCUGCAAGAACUGGCGACUGACCAUCACCAAUACCCCUCGCUUGUGGAACGACGUUGUUCUCUCGAAACAGAACCCAGUCAAGAAAGCGAAGGUGUGGAGAACCCGGUCGAGGGGGAGGAUAGUCCACCUAACCCUCCGGGAGAGCCUGAAGGGGACGCCGUGGGCCCUCGACGAGCUGCAGGACCUUUCUCUGGAGUCACUGCGCACUCUACGUCUUGCGGACUUCCCGAUCAGCGCAGUCCGGAAGCGUUUGCCGAACCUCACUAGUGACAUCCUCCGCAAACUGGACGUCCUAGAAGUCGACAACCGCACAGAGGCGCGCCCUGUAUCAUGGCUUUGGACAGACCCCACCAUGGCAACACGUUCCCUCUCUGUCUAUUUCACCGUAUUCGACUGGGCCUCCCUUAUCGCAUACUUCCCCAACCUCGAACACUUCGCUUUCAAAGGCCCCCUAGUCGAUAUCCCGCUCAGCGCCAUUUCGGACUUCUUACGCGCACAUACACGUCUGCGUUCGUUGACCUUGAGUAUCAUGGACUUCGUCUACCAUCGCGCUCCCGACCGCGGGCAACCACCGGUGCAUCUCCCUCACCUGGAGCGACUCGAGAUCGAAUUCCACGAUUUCGCCAUGAGCUUCAUGUUCCCCUUACUCCAGCUAUCAACUCUGCAGUCCCUGACCAUCUCCCGGGGUGUGCAUUCAAUCGACACGUCGCUGCAGCACUUGAUCGCCAGUGGUGCUGGGAAGAGCCUGCGAGAGCUCAGGAUAACCCUAUGCGCUGUCUCGGCGGGCUGUGUCAUCGACUUGCUCCGCCAAGCGGAGGGGCUCGAGGUGCUGGAGCUAACGUACCUCGGGGGCAACCAGGCGAAUGCAGUCUUGCAUGCUCUAUCUCAGCCGCCGAAGCCUGCUCCCGCAGGCGAUGACGGAGAAAACGGUGGGCAGGAUCGUGCAAGCGCGCCCUCGCUGUUGUGUCCGUCGCUCAGACACGUCAACUUCUCCCACUGUCCCGACGUCAAGAGCGGACCACUCAUGGAACUGGUGAAGGCCCGGCUGCCCAGUACCACCGACGACGAUACGACGGACGUCGCGCCAACGCAAUCCGAAUGUUUACAACAGGCGCAAAUAAAUACCCUCAUUGUGGACGGGUGUCCGUCCGUAGAGACGGACAUCCUACCGUGGCUACGAAGCAAGGUGCGCUUCGUCAGUUGCGUGUAUCUGUCGAAGAAAGACGCCAAACGGCGAAGGUGA